AUGGUCACCCGCAAAGCCACCCACGCCGGCUCCUGGUAUACGGACAACAAACAGCUCCUAUCGCAGCAACUCGACGGCUGGCUCGCAGACGUUCCCGCUACCACCACGCCUAUCGGCUCCGUUUCCUCACAGCAGGGCCAAGUCUCAAUACCGACGCCGGAUGCGCGAGCCAUCAUCGCCCCCAAACGUGUUUUCCUCCUCGGCCCCUCCCACCACUACUAUCUCGCUGGCGCUGCGACAACAGGCUGCGACAAGUACCGUACACCGCUCGGCGACCUCACGAUAGACAGAGACCUGGUGGAGGAGAUACAGCAAGACUGGGAUCUGGAAAUCAUGUCAAAGGGAACCGACGAGGACGAACACAGCUUAGAGAUGCACCUGCCCUACAUUUACAAGAUGUUGUCGCUCAAGAACACGAGCUUCCAGAACGACUCGAAAUCUGUUCCUCUGGUUCCUAUCAUGGUCGGCAAUACCGAGGCAGCCCUCGAAGCGUACUAUGGUUCUAUGCUCGCUCCCUACCUCUUCGAUCCCCACAAUGUCUUCGUCAUCUCAUCUGACUUCUGUCACUGGGGGUCCCGAUUCCGUUACACGUACUACCAGCCGCCCGACGGUUCAGCGGCAACCCACCUGAAGUCAAGCUCUGCUGUGCCGAGCGACUACCCCAUACACGAAAGCAUUGCCGCUGUCGAUCACGAGAGUAUCGACGCUGUAGAGAGUAGGUCACAUAAACAAUUCUUAGACCAGCUCAAGAAGACGGGCAACACCGUGUGCGGAAGACAUCCGAUCGGCCUGUUCAUGGCCGCGGUAGAGAAGGCAGGUGAGCUACGCGAAUUAAGUGAAGGAAAGGGCACGUUCAAGUUCCUGCGAUAUGAGAGGAGCAGUCUGGUGGAGGGUGUGCAGCAUAGCAGUGUAUCGUACUGCAGUGCUUUCGCAGUGCUGUAG